AUGUUAAGGAAACUGCCAGAUUCGCGAUUGGGGACUCCGUCGGGUGCCGACGUAUCACAGCACGCACCGUCUCUGCAGCCAGGGCGUGCCCCCUCGGUGGGUGGUCAGAAAGGCCACGGAGAUGAACUACCGCCGUCGGGGUUGAAGACGCCGGUAACAGAGGCCACGGUGCGGCCGAAGAGCAACGCCAGCGUAGCCAGCAACACGUCGAAACACUCGAAACUUAGCCAGGCCUCCCUCAAUGCACGACGCUUACGCGCUGAGUACGAAGCGGAACUUGAGGUGGCCAAAUUAAAAGAGAAUCUUAUAAAAAAGAAGCUAGCCCUGGACAUGGCCGACCUUCAAUUACAGGAGGAAGAGAUGGACGAAGCAGCGCCCAGUGUUGCGAGCGGAGAGGUAACGGCGCGCGUGACGCGCUGGCUCGACAACACGUCCGCCGCCGCGCCGUCCCGAGCGCCAGCACCAUCUUUGCCGCGCAUGCCGUCACCCCAGCCGCUGCCGCUGCCGCCGCUACCGAAGAGCCAGCCUCUAUCUGAUAUUGAUCGGCUAGCGGAGGCCAUUAGCAAGCUAGGACAGAAGAGACACGUGCCGCGACAAGUGCACGAGAUACCGACGUACGACGGCAACGCUUCAGACUGGCUUGGUUUCGAAAAGGCCUAUCGCAGUACAAGCGAAAUACACGCAUUUAAACCUUUCGAAAAUAUGGCGCGCCUUCGAGUGGCACUUGUCGGCGAGGCAAAGGCCGCCGUACGAGAUUUGUUGAGAACUGCUACCGAUCCUGAAGAAGUGAUGAAGGCGCUAGAAGACGAAUUUGGACAUCCGACUCGCCUUUUGGAGUGCGCGUUGAAGAAAGUGCGUGAAUUGCCUAAACUUAGCGAGGACGGACGCGAAAUUCGCAAAUUCACAACGACAGUACGAAAUUGCGUCUCAGUUCUAAGAAGUAUACGGGCACAAGGUUAUUUAAACAACCCACAGUUGGUCAAUGAAUUGCUGACUAAAUUAACACCGUAUCAACGAGCGCAAUACGGCGAUUUUGCUAUGAAUAUGGACAUCGACAGCGGCGUCGAUCUAAGAGUUAGCCCAAACCUCAGUAUGUUUGUCGAAUUUCUGAGUCAAAUUACACGCGCGUCAUCGUAUUACGCUCCGAUAAGUGUAAACAUCGCGUCCGCCGACCGCGCCGCCGCGGGCGCAGGGCGCGCAGGACCCCAUGCUGGUCGGCGCGAUAAGGCUGCGGCCCCAGUGCGCGCGGGCGUAGCGACUCAUCGAAUACAUUCUCAAGUGGAAACCAUCGCGACAGUGUCGAAGCCUGAACACAAUGACAAUGAAAUUGCGUGUGUUAAGUGUAAAGCGGACCAUAAGUUAAAUGAGUGUACCGAUUUUAAAAAUAUGCCUAUUGAUGAACGUUGGGACCUUGUCAAACAAAAUAGACUAUGUUUCAAGUGCAUUUUGAAAACACACUCAAGUAGAUACUGUCGUGCAAAGCGGUGUAAUAAGUGUAAUUAUUCUCACCACGACUUAUUACAUAAAGACGUAGAAAAGGUUACGCCGCCCACGGAGGGGCCACAGCCUAACCUGCCGUCAUCGGCGCCGGCGUCUCAAGUGUCGGCCUCAGAGACAUAUGAAACGUUGACGAAUGCUGGUGAGAUAAGUGCGCGUUCAUUAUUAAAAGUGAUACCUGUGACUGUUACAACAAGUGCAGGAGUCGAACAUUGCAUCUAUGUGCUAUUGGAUGACGGAGCGUCAUGCUCAAUUUUGGACGAUCGAUUCGCGAGUGGUGUAGAGGGACCUACAGUGCCGCUGAAGUUACAAAUGGCGCGUGACCGUUUCGCUAAUGACAAUAACUCUCGUAAGAUCAAAGUGAUAGUGCGCGGCCCGAAUGGUGUCAGCCAUGACAUUUCCGUGCGUACGAUGCGGAACCUUAGCUUGCCCACACAAACUGUACCGGCACGCAUUUUCAAAGAAAACGCACACCUGCGGGACCUGGAUUGCGGAGAGAUGAGGGAGGCGAAACCCAUGCUGGUGUUGGGGCAGGACAAUUGGAGUCUCAUCGUCGGCAGGGAGCUCCGUGAAGGUAAAUCCGGUCGUCCGGUCUCAUCGCUUACCUACUUAGGCUGGGUCGUCCAUGGCCCGUUAGGUGCUAGAGUUGGUGAUAGCGAGAUUGAAUCCGCCAAUUGCAUGACCGCGUUUGAUGACAAUAAUGAUUUGCACGAGUUAGUUAAGGCCCAAUUCGAGUUGGAAGCUAUAAGUAUUUCUAAUGUGUUACGUACCAACUCGAAUUCCGAACGAGCUUUACAAAUAUUGAACAAAACAUGUCGUCGCGUGUCAGAUAACGCCCAGCAGUGGGAAGUAGGCUUGUUGUGGGCCCGCGACCAUUUAGAAAUGCCCGAUAACUAUAACUACGCGUUAAAACGACUUGUCGGGAUUGAACGACGAAUGGAUCGUGACCCCAAAUUUGCUGACGAAUACGCGAAGCAAAUAAACAGAUUAUUAGACGCGGGUUACGCGCGGAAAGUUGACAGUAUUAAGGCUAGUCCCGUGUGGUAUUUGCCACAUUUUGGAGUCACGAACCCUAACAAACCCGGCAAGUUUCGACUCGUAUUUGAUUGUGCCGCCACUUAUCAGAGCGUGUCCUUGAAUAACAAUCUACUAAGUGGACCUGACUUAAUGAAUUCUUUGUUAGGAGUUUUGAUUAAAUUCAGAUCGGGUAAAAUAGCUUUCACCGCCGAUAUUGCUGACAUGUUUAUGCGUGUAAAUAUUCGCGAGGCCGAUCAAGGAGCUCAGCUGUUUUUAUGGCGCGGUCAAGACCGAUCUAGUGAACCUGGAAUUUAUGUAAUGAACUCUAUGAUCUUUGGCGCGACCUGCAGUCCCACGUCGGCGAUUUACGUGUUGAAUAAAAACGCUGAGGAGUUCGCAAAUAUGCAUCCUGCGGCGGUGGAAGCUAUUAAAAAUAAACACUACGUUGAUGACUACUUAGAUAGUGUUGACUCGAUAGACACGGCACAACAGUUGAUCGCUGAAGUCACCCACAUUCACCGAGCUGGUGGUUUUGAUAUCAGGGGGUGGGUGACAAAUUCACCUGAAUUGAGUGAAAAGCUGCCAGCUGUAGUGCCGGGUCGUGUUAAACUAGACAAGUCGGAAAAUGAACGCACGUUAGGUAUGAUCUGGUGUCCGUCGAGCGACUGUAUGAAUUUUGAUUUGUCGUUUAAGCGCUUGCCGGCGGAGUUGGUUGAAGGUCAGAUCAAACCUACCAAACGUCAAUUUCUCAAAUUUAUUAUGAGCAUUUUUGACCCACUCGGACUGGUAUACCCAUGCGUGAUACAAUCACGAGUCCAGAUGCAGCGUGUCUGGCAGUCGGGGAUUUCGUGGGACGAAUGCAUCAAAGACCCGGAGGCGGCUGUCUGGUUCGAAUGGCUUAGUAAGUUGAAAGCUCUAUCUGCCGUUGCAGUACCACGCUGGUACGGUCUGCAACGGACAGCAGCGGUAGACCUCCAUGUUUUCGGUGAUGCCAGUGAAAAAGCGUACGCCGCUGUGGGAUUCCUGGUUGGUACUGACAGUGGCGGCAAUAGGGUAUGUACUAUGGUGGGAGGAAAGGCACGCGUGACCCCUGUGAAGGUAGUUUCCAUUCCGCGUUUGGAACUACAGGCCGCCGUGUUAGCAUGUAGACUAGCAGUGACAAUAAAAUCUGAAGUAGAUUUCGCUAUCACAAAUUUGUUCCUCUGGUCUGACUCAAAAACAGUUCUUAUGUGGAUUAAUUCCGACGCACGCGACUAUCAAAGAUACGUUUCGCAUAGACUAGCAGAGAUUGACAAUUUAAGUAAGCGAAGCGACUGGCACUGGGUUCCUUCAGAAUCCAAUCCUGCUGAUGAGGCAACCAGGAUGGACUGGCCUAAUGACAAGGGCAUGUGGCUUUCGGGUCCCCCCUUUCUGUGUAAUCCACAGGUACCAUGGCCGAGCUGGAGUCAUGACGAGACCCCCGCUGAUCCUGAGCGCUUGGAGAGGGCGCACGUGGUAGCUGACGCCACCCCAGAUCAGUUCAUCGAUGUCACACGGUACUCCACAUGGACGCGGGCUGUGCGCGUCACUGCACGCGUGCUUGCAUUUAUACGCAUACGAGAAUAUUUGCCCAACCUUCAGAGACGACAGAAGUGGACAUCGGUAAUGGACCCCGUCAAAGUGGGUGAUGUAGUGGUGUUGUGUGACGGCAAACAGCCGCGUAAUAUGUGGCCCCGUGGCAUAAUAACCAAAGUGUUUCCGGGAAGUGAUGGUCAUGUGCGUGUGGUAGACAUAAGAACGGCCUCUGGGGCGCUGCGUCGUCCUGUUGCUCGGAUAGCCGUGCUACCUACAGACGGUACAUUUGUCGAAUGA